GGUGUUGCACUCUUAAAGAUGCAGUCCUGCGAGUUCUCUGAAGUGAGAGGAAAAGAACAUUCCGUAACUCUGUUGCUCCUCCUUCUCUCAUUCGGAACUCAAUCCUGUUGGAAGGUUGUUUGGCUUUAACUUCUGUCUUGCCGGUUUCUUCCCACCCUGCUCGACGGCGAACAACAUGGCUGACGAUGCCGACAAACCCGACAGAAGAACCGGCGGGAUUGUGAUUCCGGACGACUGGCCUGGAUACAGUAUGGACCUCUUCAGCUAUCCUGCUCACUACGCUGGAGAUCUGGACCGGGUUUUCAUCCCGCAUGGUGUCAUCAUGGACAGAACAGAACGCCUUGCUCGAAAUAUUAUGGGGGACCUGGGAGACCAUGACAUUGUGGUCCUGUGCGUCCUGAAAGGAGGAUACCAGUUCUGCGCCGACCUAGUGGACGGCAUCAAAGCACUGAGUCGCAACUCCAACCGGACCAUCCCGAUGAGGGUCCACUUUAUUCGGCUAAAGAGCUACUUGAAUGAUCAGUCCACGGAAGAUCUUCACAUAGUCGGGGCGGAGGAUCUGUCUUUUUUAGCAGGAAAGAACGUGCUCAUUGUUGAGGCCAUCGUGGACACGGGGAAGACCAUGAUGACUCUUCUGAAACACGUCGAAGCCUUCAGGCCAAAGAUGAUCAAAGUAGUAGGGCUGCUGGUGAAGAGAGUCCCACACAACGCGGCGUGUCUGCCUGACUAUGUCGGUUUUGAGAUACCCAAUUGUUUUGUGGUCGGAUACGCCCUGGACUAUAAUGAGUAUUUUCGAGACCUUGAUCAUAUCUGCGUGAUCAGUGAAAGCGGAAAAAGGAAAUAUAAGAUCUGACUUGAAGACGGCAAGCUUCUCUGAGGGGCCCUUUCCUGCUGCAAAGCCUGGAUGAGAUUGGUGGUCGACCAGCUCUGUUUUGUUUGAACAUUCCUACUUUUUUCAUGGUGAAAACUGACUUAGAUGCUAAUAUGAAUUACUCAUUUCAUGUAAAAAGUUAGAUGUUUGAAGGGUGUUCUGAACCAGAGAAAAUCCAUGUAUUUUUACCUCUUUUCUUGACUAAUCUUUUACUACUGUAGCUAUUUUGGAUAGAUUCCAAUUUCCUCAAGUAAGAAUAAAGUAUUUGUAAUUGUA